AGUUCCGAACUUCUUAUUCAAAAGCUAAGAACGAUCGAUACGUGAUUCUAAAAUUACCUCCGCUGGUUAAUGCGUAGGUAUCGACCGAGUGAAUGACUUGAAACUUUUCAAUAUUUUGUUCUUAUCAUGCUUAAUUUUACAACCGAUGUUUUUAUGUUGAUAAAAAUCAUUUUUGCUCGUAAGAGUAGUGCGUCUUCAAGAAGUGGAUAAGGUCCUUUCGUAAAUAUUUCAUAACAUUAAUUAGUUGCAUGUGACCUAAGUGCCUAUAAACAAUUAACCAGUGAUACGAAGAUACAAAGCAAUUUACGUCUUAUUGUUUGAUGUCGAUGAUUUUAUCAAAUCAUAUCGCAGUGAGUGUUGAAUUUCGGGCAGUUAAAUAGACCGGUCGACAUGCUAUCGUCCACAGUAAGCCUCGCUGCUCAUUUGUACUCCUCGCUUCAAGGAGUCCAGUCGAUAGGACGAGCAUUAGGAUAUAUUCUACCUUAUAGCAACAUGGCAGCGAUCAAGGUCAAGAAAAACUUCAACACAAAGCACCUGUCUAAAGGUGAUCCCCUCCCGCCAUUUAGCGGGAAGCUCCGCGUGUUCAAUAUGCGCUACUGCCCUUAUGCCCAGCGCACCAUGCUCGCGCUCAUUGCUAAGGGCAUAGACUACGACUUGCUGAACAUCGACCUCGUUGACAAACCCGAAUGGCUCACUUCUAGGAGUGCUUUUGCUAAAGUGCCAGCCCUGGAGAUCGCUGAUGGAGUAUCGAUCUACGAGAGCUUGGUGACGGUGGAAUACUUGGACGAGGUCUACCCUCAAAGGCCACUGCUCCCCAAAGACCCGCUGCUUAGAGCCAAGGAGAAGAUCAUCGUGCAAGCUUUAGAUGGCCUCAACGGUGUUUUCUUCAAAUCGAUGAGGGCCCCAGAAACCAUAACCGAAGAGAACAUAACCGCAUACUACAAGACAUUGGACUUCAUACAAGAGCAGCUGAAACAGCGAGGUACCACCUUCCUCGGUGGAGAGGAGCCUGGUUAUGCCGACUACAUGAUCUGGCCCUGGUUCGAGAGAAUCCUCGCCCUUAAAAGUGAUGUCGGGAAAAUUGAUAAGGAGAAGUACCAGCUGCUGUGGGCUUAUUUAGAAAAGAUGCAGACAGAUCCUGUUGUAGUGGAGUAUGCUGUACCUGAUGAAAUCUUCCUGGAAUUCAGAAGCUCUUACGUGAAAGGAGUCAAGCCUAACUAUGACCUCCUUCUUGAACACUAGUCAUUAACGUUAAAGAAAUAAAGUUGAUAUUGUUUUAUUUUUGAAGAUUUAAGAUGAACUGAUCUUUUUGAUGCCUAGGUACCUAACAGUUAUUUUUUCACAUUUAUUAUAGACGUUCUCUUCUCUUUCGACAAUUUUGUUUUCUAUUCUCUCUGUGAUAAAUGUUGCACACAAUUAUUGUUCCUUAAAUAACAGAUUUUAUUACAAUAUAUUUUAUAAUAAGUUGUAAGUACAAUUAAUAUUAAAUAAAGACUAUAUUUAA